UGUUCCUCCUCCCGUCUUCUUUGGUGCAUAGUUUUUGCCGCGGCUACAUUUUUGACUUUAUUUAUUAAACAUGGCUCAGGCUCGAGUUACCGAUUUCUACUCCCAGCGAAAGAAAGGAGGGACCGGUUCAGUGAAGCAAGGGAAUAGUAGUACUGCUGUUUGCCAUGUCUGGUCGAAAAGCAGCGCCAUCAACACAAGGUCAAGCUGCUCUUCCAAACAAGAUGUAUUCUUAACUUCAUCCUCAAGCCAUGUUCGCGAGGAGUUCAUGCGAGUUAUCGAAUCUGCUGAAGGUGUGUCGACAGGAGAGUCGAUCGGCAAGACGGCCAGACAAAUCCCCCUCAGUCCCCGAACGCCGAAGCGCCCCUCGGCAAACACAGACUUUGAGACGGAUAUCAUUUCUGUAGCCACGGAACACAGCACAGCGAGAAAGAGGCGACAAGUAGAAGUUCAUCAUGUCGACAAAACUAAAGCUGAAGAAAAAGCGACACGAACGGCCAGAAAGAAACUUCUUCUUACGCAUCCAACAUCACAGACUUUUUGCAGAGAGAAUAUUACGGCCCUCAAGUCACGCCUUCAGACAAUCAAGAAACCAGCAGAAUUAGCCAAUGCUACAUCCUCUACUUCUGUUUCCACGCCCUUGGUUGCAUCCUCCAUCACUGUCUCCAAGUCAGCUCUAACCAGAGCAAAGGAACUUGCAGCUAAAGUUAGGACAAAGAAGGAGAGUGACUUGGAGGGAAAAAAGCUACAGAAAGAGACACAAGAUCAAGAGAGUGUUCAACAGCCAGCAUAUCAGCAGUAUCACAAUCUCGCCCAAGAAACUCCCCCAGGCCUCUCCCUGCCUUACCAGUUCAAGAUACUGGCCGAGAUGUUUAGGAGUAUGGACACAGUGGUUGCUAUGCUCUUCAACCGCUCUGAGACGGCUACCUUCUUCAAGAUCAAACAGGGAGUUCAGGAUAUGAUGCACAAGCGAUUUCAAGAGCACCACAUUGGCCAAAUGAUGACCGUAUUUCCUGAGGCCUACACAUUCAGACAGGAAAAGAACAUCCCGACAUUCAACAACUGUGUGAAGAAGGGCAGCUACCAGCUCACUGUGGAACCUGUCAUUUUACAUGGUCAACAGGAAGGUAGACCUGUCCUGACAGCCUCUAAUCUUUUGGCAAGGAGACGCACCUUCCAUCAGAAUCUUGUUUCCAUUGUAAAACAACACCACAAGGUCUUUCUCGCCUCCUUAGUCCCUCCAGUGUGUGUACCUGAAGACAAACUGACCCGCUGGCACCCUAACUUUAAUGUGGACAUGGUGCCAGAUGUGCAGUCAAGCUUACUGCCUCAACCGCCUCGCGCUGAAAAAUUUUCCACUGCCCAGGAAGUGUUAGACAAAGCCCAUUCUCUCAUUACUCCCAAGAUGGAGAAGGCUUUGGUGGCUCUGGCUCAGAAGACAGAAGAUGCAGAAUGCAGAGAGACGUCUCCACAAAACCUGAACUGCACACUAACAUCUGCUCCACCUCCCGUUCCAAAUGCCCUGAAAGGAGUGUCCCAGUGCUUGUUGGAUAGGAUUCGAGCAAAGGAAGCCCAGAAGCUCCAGGCAGCUAUGACUCGAAACCCCUCUCAAGAAGAGCGCCUCUUGAUGAUGUCGCAGCUUGGGGAGCUAGCAAGGAUUCUUCGGAAUGUUUUUGUUUCAGAAAAAAAACCCGCUUUAAUCAUGGAAGUUGUUUGUCAUCGCAUGGUCGCCAGCUUCAGAGCAGCUCUCACUUCAGGUGAAAUGGAGAAACACAUUCGUUUGCUGGCAGAGCUGACCCCUGACUGGCUUACCAUCCAUCCGAUCAGGAAGGACUUCUAUCUUAAAUUGAACAAGAACAUGGACCUAAGUGUGAUUCUGGACAAACUGAGAUGCAGACUUCGAGAAGAGGAGAGGCUCUCAGGCCAGUAAUCCAAGUGAAAUGAUGAAGCGAUAUUAUGGUCUGUGACUCUGAACUGCUCCAUGAAUGUGCCAUCGCUGGAUGACAUGAGGACCACCUUUACUGGUUGGAAAGCAUUAUGUGUGAUGCAACCUGUGUGUAAGUAGGCUUUGCUGGGCCACCUAUUCAUUAUGCCACGUCCUUAGAAGUGUGUCAACGUCCCAUGUUGGAAGGCAUUUUUGUAAACGGAAGUGUUUUUUUCCCCUUGAAGAUGUUCUAUCAGCAUGUAAACAAUUCUUAUUUUAGUAUCUCUUGGGUGAGAAUUAUGCAAUCUUUAAUGAUCAUGGCCUCAUUUUAAAAAAUAAACCGAGUUCAUGCCUCCGACACUGUAUGAAGUGAAUCUGUGUAUCCACCCUACUACAAGCAAGAGGGAACAGUAUGAAUCGGGUGAAGUUAUAACAGGCCGUUAACGUCACAGGCAGGAGCAAAAAAAAGGAGUGCUUGAUUUGCUCACACACACAGUACAGGUAAUCUUGCCUCAUAAGAGCGUUUUUUUUUUUUCAUUAUCGGUUAUCGGAGCUAUUUUUAAUGUUAUCGGAUUUAUCAGUAUGACGUGCUAAUUCGCUGAAAUAGGCCCGAUAAUUAUCGUACACCCCUGAUUAUAUUUUCAAGAGGAAAAUAGAAAUUAAACUUGGGUAUUGGGGAAUCAGCAGCAGUGUAGUUUUACUGUUCUCUAAAAAUAAGUCCUCCCCAAACUAUUUUUCAGUUCUUCCAGGAUUCUGGGGCAUUUUCUGAUUGUUGCGGCCUAAAUUGCUUGAUUUCGCAGAAGCCUUUUCUCAAAGUUGCUGCAAACGU